AUGUCAAACGUCGUCCUCGUCACAGGAGGAACGGGGCUAGUGGGGAAAGCGAUAAAGCAUAUCGUUGAUACCGAACCCGAAGGAUCGCGUUUUGGAAAGCGAGAUGGCGAGACUUGGAUAUUCGCCAGUUCAUCAGAGGCCGAUCUGAGAGAUCCUGCACAGACGCGUCAGUUGUAUGAGAAGUACAAGCCUACACAUGUCAUCCACCUCGCUGCUCUUGUCGGAGGCUUGUUCAAGAAUAUGAAAUACAAGCUCACCUUCCUUCGAGACAAUAUCCUCAUCAACGAUAACGUCCUACACGCCGCCUACGAACACAAAACCACCAAAGUCAUCUCAUGUCUCUCAACAUGCGUUUUCCCAGAUAAAGUCCAGUACCCCCUUGACGAAACUAAGAUCCACAGUGGACCACCACACGAAAGUAACUUUGGCUACGCCCAUGCGAAACGCAUGGUCGAUGUUCAGAAUCAUGCGUACAAGGAGGAAUUCGGGUGUAACUUCACUUCGGCGAUACCCACGAACGUGUUUGGGCCUCAUGACAACUUUGAUCUAGAAGAUUCACACGUCAUCCCUGGGCUCAUUCACAAGUGUUACCUAGCAAAGAAGAACGACACACCUUUCGUCGUCGCAGGGACAGGGAAACCACUUCGCCAAUUCAUCUUCUCACAUGACCUUGCGAAACUCUUCAUAUGGAUGCUUCGGGAAUACGACGACGUUGAACCUGUCAUUCUCUCGGUUGGUGAAGAUGAAGAAGUGAGCAUCAAAGCGGUCGCAGACGCCAUUGUGAAUGCCGUGGGCUUUGAAGGAGAAUACACCUUCGACACUACGCGCGCGGACGGCCAAUUCCGGAAACCCGCAUCGAACAAGAAGCUUUUGACGUUGAUGGGCGGGUUCGAGUUCACCCCUUUCGAUAAAGCGUUGGACAUCACCGUGAAGUGGUUCCUAGAGAACUAUCACAAUGCCCGAAUAGGUUCAUUGGCAAAUAGAUCAUGA